AAAAGGAGCGUUUCAUCAUCUUUUUCACCUAGCGACUGUGUUUCUGUGUUUUUCGUGCCUUUCUGUUCGGUGGUGUUGAAACAUCGCGGAAAUUGAAGAUCCACCGAUCAAAAUCCGGGUGUUGCAAAGUGGAAAUGAGUACAACUCCCCAAGAAAGGUACCGAAAUUGCUACAAUACGAUAGUGAUGAAGUUUUGCUAAAGGCGGAAGCAACAUCCAACAAUCGAUACCUUCUGUCUCUUCGUCGACCUUGAAAAACGUGUGUUGAGGGAAGAAACUGUGUUCUGUAGCACAUAAAGACCAUCAUCAUCAUCGUCGGGAAAAGUGGCAGUGGUUGAGUGAAACGGAACCAUCUUAAAACUUGAACGAAAAUUGCAGUACACAUCAAAAUGUGCAAUAUGUUAACUUUUCUGAAGCAAAGUGAGCAAGUGGCAACUACUACUACUUACGAAAUCCGCACCUCGCACGGGUUUACGUCAUAUCUGACCGCCCUUAUCAGUCGCUAGAUGGGACGGUGGUGUGUUGUGGCAGCAGUGGUAGCCGUUUUUUUGUAGCAGUCCGGAUCGUCGCAGCAACGCAGCAACGAAACAAGGCGAGCAAAUUAACGCGCACUUACUUCCCUGCCAACGACAAACCAGCAGCUGGAGGUGGUCAGGAGAAACAGCAGAGUACACGAAGCAACAGACGGUCUGCGGGUUAGCAACAGCAGCAGCAUCACAACAGCCAACAGCCAUCGCAGUGUCUAGCAGUGAACCGGAUGUAUGGCAGUACGACGAAUCUGUAGUUGCACGGAACAGGCCUGGAAGUAAAUCGUGACUCAGUUGAUAUCCCCGCUGUAUAUAAUGUAUAUACCUGUCGUCUUUCUACAAUCCUUUUUCUGCCUUAUUUCUGAUUCUGUACUGAACACCGACGUCUAGUCGCGAUAGCAGCACACCUUCCUUUAUAAGCUUCUUCGCGAAAGACGUAUCGUUCCUUCCUUGUAACAAUCCGCCAAACGCCUGUUUCUGGAUCCGAGAUCCAGGUCAAACACAGCUCAUCGUCAACAUCGAGGUGACGAACAUUAACGAAUUAAGACAGAUGAAAUCGUGACUAUAUGCUAUAGUUAUAGUAAUAGUAAUUGCUGACCGCGAAGAGACCACAAACCUGUAGGACCCAGCACUUCGACAAAAUAGUGCGAAAUUGUGCACGAUACAGCACGGUGAAAACGAAACAUCCAGUGCAUAAUCUAUUCGGACAACAUGGCAUCAACCUUGAAAAAUCAUAAGACAGCUGCAGCCGCGGCAGCAGCAACUGCCGGUGCAGCCGGUGCAGGAAAGGGCAGCUUCGGAUGGCUGGCCCACGUGAAGUAUGAACAUCUGAUGGCUGGCAUUUCCGGUGGUGUCACAUCGACACUGCUUCUGCAUCCUCUGGAUCUGAUCAAGAUCCGUUUCGCCGUUAACGAUGGACGAACGGCUUCGGUGCCACAGUAUCGCGGAUUGACCAGUGCAUUCCUGACGAUUUUCCGCCAGGAAGGCUUCCGUGGAUUGUACAAAGGAGUGACCCCAAACAUGUGGGGCUCCGGUAGUGCGUGGGGAUUCUAUUUUAUGUUCUACAACACGAUAAAGACAUGGAUACAGGAUGGUAAUACGGCGCAACCCUUAGGACCUACGCUACACAUGUUGGCGGCAGCCGAAGCAGGCGUUCUAACGCUUGCCAUGACGAACCCAAUUUGGGUGGUGAAGACGAGACUUUGUCUUCAGUGUAAUGAGCGCGUUACGGCCGGUUCCGGUACCGGGUAUGCCGGUAUGGUUGAUGGUCUUACCAAAAUCUACCGCACGGAGGGCAUUCGAGGACUAUACAGAGGAUUCGUGCCGGGAAUGUUUGGCGUAUCGCACGGAGCGCUCCAGUUCAUGACAUACGAGGAAAUGAAGAACAAAUACAACCAGCACCGCAAACUACCGAUCGACGCAAAACUGACGACAUCCGAGUACUUGACGUUUGCCGCCGUUUCGAAAUUAAUUGCAGCCGCCGGUACCUACCCAUACCAAGUAAUACGGGCGCGCUUGCAGGAUCAAAACCAUAGCUAUAAGGGCACCUGGGAUUGCGUGAAGCUGACAUGGAGAUAUGAAUCGUGGCGCGGAUUCUAUAAAGGUCUCGGUCCGAACCUGACCCGGGUCAUCCCGGCGACGAUGGUUACGUUUGUAACGUACGAACAUGUAUCACACUAUCUAUUGGAUAAGAGCAAAUCCAGGAACAAUACGCACUAGAACAGGGAAAGUGGUCCCCUUUUGCUCCUUCGUUCCUUUACAGUGGUAUAAGUGUUGAUGCCCGUUAUACAGCUUCGUUGAUGGUUAGGCAAUAUGUUUACUGCACAAAGUGGAUAGACGAAGCAAUAUGCCAUUAAUCAUUUACUUGUCUAGAAAUGACCAAAAACUAGGUGUUGAAUAUUUAAAGACGUAUACAUACGCACAGAUCGUGCUGCUAGUUCCUUUACAUAAUAAUUUUCCAGCGUUUGGUUAUCUGACUACUGGCAGGAACACUUAACGUUCUACGAAGAAUUCCUUUUUGCGCUGUACUCUUCUUGGCGGAUGUGGUCUUCUGGGUUGUGUGCAUUUAGCACAUUCGGUAAUGAAACAAGACGAGAAGGAUCAAUUUCAAGGUACAGUAUAUCAGUGAGUACAAAGAUGCAAGCUGGACGCGCUCAUCCGAUGGGGCUUCUGCUAAGGAAAACGAACUCCAGUCAUACACAUUUAGGUUAGCAAAUAUAUUUCCUGGAAAAGGACUGUUGGAUUAUGAA